CACAAUCUCCGUGAGCAGCGAGGUGAGGCGACGUCGCGUCCCCGGUUUUACCCGAGUGUUCCCGAAGUGCUUCUCGGCCGGUGGAUGUGUUCAGCCCUUCAGACAGGCUUCUCCUAUCGCAGCUUCUUUGUCCCUGACCGGCUGACCGACGACGCGUUCCCCUUUAAGACGAUGUCGGCCCAUGUAAUGAGUGAUUGAAUGAUUCCGUGUGAUGUCUUCAGGCUGAGACUCAGACUCCACAGCACCGUGAUGAGGCAGCGGCGGUAGGAGGGUAGCAUCCCCGGCAGGCAUCACCCAGGGACGGGUUAGCUCGGCUCUACAGCAGCCCGGUGUCCUUGUUGUGUCACAGGCAUCUGUGUGUUCAUCAGAGGAGACAGCCUUCCUCCUGGACUCUACCACACACAGCAGACUGGGACUGCGGACUCCCCGGCCCCCCUUCACCUCGCAGGGCUGUGUUUGGAGGAGACAGCAGGCUGGAGGGAGCUGAUUUUAAAACCGUAAAACAGGAUCUCUUCGGCUCCUCCUCCCUCUCUCUUGGUCCAGACCAUCACCACCACCGCCUCGCACCUGUUAUAAUGACAUCCCCAGACUCUCCCCCCCUGGUUUCCCCUUCCCCGUGCCCUGCUCCACCUCCAUCCCUCCCUUCCUCACCCGUGCCAUCCUCCCCAGCACCCUCCUCGUCCUCCCUGCCCGCCCCACCCUCACUGCCACCCACAGGGGAGGUGAUGGUGCUGGCUUUGGGCAGGAAGAAGCAGAGGGUGCUGAUUGCUCUCUCCAUCCUUCCCAACCUCUUCCUGGCCUUCCUGCUCUCCUCGGACCCCCUCAUCACCCUCUCCUCGCCCCACCACUGUCACCUGCCCGGGCCCUUGCCGUCUCCUGAGGUCCUGAACGCUUCUCUACCUUGGGAAAAGGGGGAGAGGCCGGGGGACAGCGGGGGCUUGUCUCAGUGUAAGCAGUAUGUGAACGGGAGCCACUCACCUGUGGUGGACUGCCAGGCCGGCUGGGACUACAACGUGACGGAGGGACUGAGGAACAACAUAGUGACCGAGUGGGAUCUGGUGUGUGCUCAGUACUGGCUGGUCCCGGUAGAGGAGGUGUGUUUCAUCCUGGGAGUCCUGACUGGCUGUCUCGGCCUGGGCUAUGCUGCUGACAGGUUGGGCCGGUCCAAGUCUCUGCUGACCUCCCUGACCCUGUCAGUGGUGUUUGGGGUGCUGGUGUGCGUCUCCCCGUACCCCUCCAUCUUCAUUGUGAUGCGCUUCUGUCUGGCGGCGGCGAGUGCAGGAGUGUAUCUUACUCUCUACAUCAUUCGUCUGGAGCUGUGUGAACCAUCUCUGAGGCUGGUGGGCACGAUGCUGGCAGGGCUGAUGACUGUAGCCGGAGAGCUGCUGCUGCUGGCCGUAGCACUGGGGUGUCAGUCCUGGAGGGGCCUGCUGGGUGCUGGUGCCGCCCCACUGACACUGUUCCUUAGUUUUGGCAUUCCAGGAGUGUUUCCAGAGUCUCCCCGCUGGCUCCUGUUGUCGGAGCGGUCUGCAGACAUGAGCUCCUUCAGGGACAGAAGGAACUCCAACAGAGACCUGAGAGAUGAUGAAAGCUUUACAGAGCUGGAUUCAGAGCCUUCCCCCUCCUCACGCCCCAACCUGUCCUUCCCCGAGCUCUUCCACAGCAAGAACAUCUGGAAGAACAUCUGUGUGCUGGGCUUCACCUCGUUCAUCUCUCACGGCAUUAGUCACUGCUACAGCUCUUUCCGAGGUGACGUCAGAGGCACAGCCCCGAGCUUCUAUUGGACGUACUUGCUGUCCGUAUGUGCAGGGGGCGGGGCUUGGCUGUUGCUCUGGGUGACUGUGGACAGGUGCGGUCGGCGUGGCAUCCUGCUCCUCUCCAUGACGAUGACGGGGCUGGCCUCUUUGAUCCUCCUGGGACUCAUGGAGUAUCUCAGUGAGACAGCCAUCACAGUCUUUUCAGUGCUGGGUCUCUUCUCCUCUCAGGCCACUGCCUCCCUCUGCAUCCUCUUCACCGGGGAGAUCAUGCCCACCAUCAUCAGGGGGACCGGCGUGGGCAUAGUGCUGGCUCUGGGCUGCGUGGGCCGCCUCAGCUCUCCUCUCAUGGACCUGAGGAACCAUUACGGUUACUUCCUGCACCACGUGGUUUACUCGUCUCUGGCUCUGCUCGCUGUGCUGUCCAUCCUGCUGCUGCCGGAGAGCAAGAGGAAGCCGCUGCCCCAGACGCUGGCUGACGGGGAGCAGUACAGACGCCCCCCGCUGGGCAGGAGGAGGAGGGACAAUGUGCCACUUCUGGCCACGCCCAACCCAGAGACUUAAGAGACCCCCUGAAGAAGUGACUGUGCUCUAAUUGCUUACUUAGCUGGCAGUAAAGAAAUGACAUCCACCAUGUUCAUGGAGGGAAAGAGAAACACAACACAGAGCAACACAGAGACUCACAGAGGGACGGGGAAGUAGCAUUGAUGAUGGUGAUGAUCACACACUAAGCUUCCUAACAUAUCAUCUUCAUAUCAUUCCAAGCGCAGGCGGUUGGGUUGAGCUUUUAUUUUCUGUCAUCACUCUUUGUUUCCUGCUUCUUGGAGGUCUUCAUCACAAUAGGGGAAGUCUUCACUUUCCAUCCUUACCACACAGCAGACAUCCUCCACCAUGUGACACACCAGCAUACCAUGCUUCAAGCAGUCCUCCUGUGUGUCUGUCUGUGAGAAGACCAUCCUGUAGUUUGUCCUCACAAGUGUAGAAUGUUUUUAACCAGAGCUCCGUCUCUCCCGUCUGUCUCUCCACAGAGGAAUGGACCACAGUUCAGACUGUUUCUGCAGGACGGGGUGGAGAUGUGUUAAUGCCUUGUACAUACUCUAGACUUAGUUUCUUUAACUUCUUGGGGAGUUUGAGUUUAGCUGAAGCGUCUUCUGUGGCUGGAAACUGGAGGAUACAGAACACUAUGCAGCUGGGACGUGGUGCAGAGCACUUUGAAUAUUUCUCAUGAUGAUGAUGAUGAUGAUGGAGGUGAAUAUGACUCUAAAGGGAAUUCUAUUAAAAUCAGCUUUUAUCAAUACUGAGGUCAGAGGCUUCCAAUGAAACAAAAAGAGGUCUUUAGACCAACAGCUGUUUGGUCUGUGUGAAUCCAGCUGCUGAACCUGGCCCGGAGCCAGUCCUAUUUAUGUUUAUUUAUGUUACUCUUGAGCAUACACAGUCAAUUAUCCAGAGGCUUGGCAUUUUUAAUAUUAUGCUGAAUAUUGUUCAAUUGAUGAUAGAGAAUAUGUGGCAUGGAUCCAACUCUCCAUUUUCUGACGUCUCUGAUCAAAUCAGAGUGAACACAACAUUCCUGUCUGCAUGUUUGGAAGCACUGAAGGGCUUAUUUUCUGUAUUUCCUCAGAAGCUUAUAGUUAAUCAAUACCUCUGUAGAUGAGCAGUCUCAGCUGUAGGAGAAUAGACGGGUACACACAGACUACAGUAGAGGUUGUAGGACCAGGCACAUAUAUUUUUGGUCAGGCAUUAAAUGUGCAGGUUAGAGAGAGGUGGUCUGUUGUUCUGCCUGAAUGUGUACUGAUGCUGUAAACGGGCCCAAUGAUGACCAUGCUCCAUGAGGUUUGAGCUGCAGAGGGCCCCAGAGCUCCAAAUGAAGCCCUGACUCCUCGACCACGCACAGAGCAUCUUCUUUCUUUUCAGCUUCCUCAUCUUGAAUGUGUUCUCUGACGCCACGUUGUAUUCGGUACGAGUCAAAUCACCAUAGAGAAUAACCAAAGCAUGUUGGUUUAAAUCCUUCAAAUAAAAAAACAGCUUAUGUCAGUGUG